GAAAACCUUGAGCAGUCCCUGUUGGUUGAGUACUGAAUGGUAAGCUAUUCCCUCUCAUCAAUGAGUCACUUCUUGGCGGCGACGAUGGCGGCGGCACACGCCGCAAGCACAUCGUGCAUCAGGCCUUAAAAAGGCUCACAGUAAGGCAUAAGUCAGUGAAGUCACACCACGAGCUCUCGAAGUGAGAAACGCGCCAUAGAGGACAGUAUCACAGACCGACAAACGAAACAUCAUUCCCAGCAAUUGUUCUCGAACUGGCAUCUCACGAGCUAAAGUUUAAUCCCAGCACAAGUCAUAGUUUGCAAAAGGACACACUACUCUCUUUGCAUGCAGCGUAGCUCAUACCUGCCUCUCUCUGAACGUCAGAGCUUCGUUGUUCCAAGUUGGGGCCUCCAAUGGCCUUUACCUUGUGGAUUCGACCUUGAAUGGAACGCACUCUGCCAAUCUGAUAGCUCUGUGCACUGCAUCUAGUCAUCCAGCAUUGAAGUGAGCAGAGGGUGGUGACAAUGCCUGUGACUUGCUAUAUCUGUGGGCGAGAUUUUGGCACCAAGAGCAUCAAGAUUCAUAUACCCAAUUGCGAGAAAAAGUGGGACAAUGAACAAGAGAAACUACCCAAGAAAGAGCGAAGACCUGUGCCCCAAGCCCCUCAAAACUUCGACAAGGUUUUAUCGGGAGAGAUCAGUGCUCCGAAGCAAUUGCAAGAGUACAACGAGCAAGCUUUUAACGAUUUCAACACCAAAUCUCUUCAAGAAUGUCCCAACUGCGGUCGCACAUUUCUACCCAAGCCUUUAGAAAUCCAUUCUCGAUCCUGUAAACCCAAAGAGACACGCCUUAAGCCCGCAGCUCCUCGGAAGUCGAAAAGAAGUCAAGACCGUCGGAACGAUCCUUCACCACGGCCUGAAACCUUGAAGACGAAGACACCGCCCACUCCAGAUCAUUCAGAUCUUCACACGCCCACAAAAGAAGAGUUGAUCGAACUUAUUCAACGAGACAAGACCUUUGACUCGCCUCAGAUGCGGAGGAAACUUAUGGCUCGAAUUCAAGAUCUAAUACUGUGAUUAUUACAGGUGGGAAUUUCAAGUGAGCAAAAUGUGAAGUCAAUAAAAUUCAGUUGUUUCCUAUA